AGUGUUUUGUUUAAGCAUUUUAUAGGUAUACUCUUUGGGCAUUAGCAUUAGGUAGUUUGCUUUUGUAGCUGCUGUGUGCCCAGUGAGUAAAUCGUUUAAAGUUAUUUGGGAGCCUAAAUAGCUUACAUUUACAACUUUAAGUGUUACUUUUACGUUACUAUUGUCUAAAGUGCAUCACAAUAAAAUGUCAUCAAAAUAUGAAGUAAGGAAGCCAACAGAUAGGGGACGAAGUUGUUCUCCAGCUCAUAAAAAAGAGCAUCAUUUUCCUUCACAUAAAACUUCAACAACAAAUUGUCCUGAAACAAGUAGCUACAAGGGUUCUAGUAGGGAUGACAAGAAAAAAGGAGAGUUGUCUUCAAAAAGUAAAAAGAGCAAAAAGAGGAAGAAGAAACAAGCUAGGUCUAGCAGCAGCAGCAGCAGCAGCAGUGACAGCGACCAGGAGGAAGAAGAGCUAAAGCUGUUGCAGAGACUAGAAGCAGAACGGCAAAGGUUGAAGGAAGAAAAACGGAAACAAAAAGAGUUGAUGAAGGCAAAAGAGACACCAGAGGAAAAGAGAGCUCGGCGUCUUAGAGAGAAACAGGAAAAGGAAAGAAAACGGCGCGAGCGCAUGGGCUGGGACACGGAGUACCAGUGUUACACAAAUCAGGACAAUCCCUUUGGAGACUCGGCCCUGACUCAUACCUUUGUGUGGACCAAGAAGCUCGCCAAAGAGGGCGUCAAAACUGUAUCCAGAGAUGAGCUCGAAGCAUUGAACAGACAGAAGCAGCUCGAAAAUAAAAUCGAGUUAGAAAAGGUGAAGCAGCGGCGGCUGGAGCGCGAGGCAGAGCGCGCGGCGCGCGAGGCGGAGGCGGCGGCGGCGGCGCGCGCGCGCGAGGCAGCGCAGUUCUCCAGCUGGGCGCGCCACGAGGACGCCUUCCAUCUGCAGCAGGCGCGUCUGCGCUCACAGAUCCGCAUCCGCGACGGCCGAGCUAAACCCAUCGACCUGCUGGCGUGGUACGUCAGCUCGGAGGAGUGCGUCGACGCGCUCGAGAUGCACGAGCCCUACACUUACCUGAACGGGCUGCAGCUGCAGGACCUCGAGGACUUGCUCGAAGAUAUUAAGGUGUACGAGGAGCUGGAGAGCGGCGGGCACCAGGCGUACUGGCAGGACGUGCGCACCAUCGUGCAGGACGAGCUGGGCAAGCUGCGCCGGCUGGCCGCGCCCGACGCGCGUCGCGACGGCGUGCACCGCGCGGUCGCCGACGAUGUCACACAGAUAUUCAAGGGCAAGACGGGCGCUCAGCUGGCGGCGCUGCAGACGCAGAUCGAGCAGAAGAUCAGCGGCCGGCGCGACGGCGUCGACGUCGGCUAUUGGGAGAGCUUGCUCAGCCAGCUCAAAGCGCACAUGGCGCGCGCCAGACUGCGCGACCGACACCGACACAACCUGCGCCGCAAGCUGCAGCUCCUCAAGCGCGAGCAGGGCGUGCAGCCCGCGCCCUCCGCCUCCGCCUCCACCUCCACCUCCACCUCCGCUGCGACACCCGCCCCACCAGCGUGAGAGGAGGCGGCGACGGAGGAGCAGGGGGCGGGGGCGGAGUGGGAGGCGGAGGAGCGGGAGGCGGAGGCGGAGUCGGGGCGGGCGGCGUGCGUGGCGCAGUACGAGGCGGGCGGGUACUCGCCGCCGCCGCUGUCGCCUCGCGCGCUGGAGCCCGCCACGCUGCUGACGGCGCCCGAGCACGACCGGCAGCGCCUCGCCUACCUGCGCGCGCGUCUGCACCACGCCGCCAGGCCCGCGCCCCUCUGCCCGGAGGGCGCGGCCGGGGCCGGGGGCGGAGGCGGAGGCGGGCACGCGGCGCUGGAGCGGCUGGCGGAGCGCGCCAUGGGCCCGGCGGCGGACUCGGCGCCCUUCGCGGGCGAGACGGCGCUGCCCGAGGUGCCCUGUCUGUGGGCCGACAAGUACCGCCCGCGCAAACCCAGAUACUUCAACAGAGUGCACACGGGCUUCGAGUGGAACAAGUACAACCAGACGCACUACGACAUGGACAACCCGCCGCCGAAGAUCGUGCAGGGCUACAAGUUCAACAUCUUCUACCCCGACCUCAUCGACAAGAGCGCGACGCCCGAGUUCUCGCUGAAGCCGUGCGCCGACAACCCGGAGUUCGCGGUGCUGCGUUUCCACGCCGGCCCCCCGUACGAGGACAUCGCCUUCAAGAUCGUCAGCCGCGAGUGGGAGUACUCCUACAAGCGCGGCUUCCGCUGCCACUUUCACAACAACAUCUUCCAGCUCUGGUUCCACUUCAAGCGGUACCGCUACCGUCGCUAGUUGUAUUUCUCUACUACGCUGUAUUUCUGUUUUCUUACUCUCGAAAUACAUAUUUGCUUAAUUAAACACUUAAAUAACUUUUUUAUUUGAUUAAUGCCUAACGAGAUAAUUAUUACUAACGCGCUUGGGAUCGUCGUACUCUUAUCACACGACUACACAGCUCGCUUUGAGUAUGUGCACUGUUGCAUACGCACUAAACUCUAAUUUGUGAAAUGGCU